AUGGAUUCGGUUUACAACGAAAGAAGCAGGCUCACCAAGGAGUCAGACGUCUACUCCUUUGGAGUGGUUAUGUUUGAAAUGUCAAGUGGGACACUGGUUUAUCGUGAAAAGUGCUUUGGAGAUGAUGCUAAGCCACAAUAUCUCAUUGAUGUUGGCCGAAGUGUCUAUGAUGAUUACAAAAAGGCUGUCGGACCACACAAGUUAAUUGAUCCUUAUAUUAAAGAUCAUGCUGAUAUGAACUCUUUCCAUACAUUUAACAAAAUAGCACAUAAAUGUGUAAACCUGAAGUUAGAGCAACGGCCAACGAUGGAGAGGGUUAUUAGGAUGAUUGAGCAGGCAUUGACAAUUCAAUUGGUACGUCUUUUCAUUUAA